AUGUUCAAGGAAUUUCCCUCAUCGCGGCUAGCAGUCUAUAGUUUUGUGGGACUUUUGAUUCACGAAAGUGCUCACACAACAUUCAAUAAGCGAGAAAAUCCUCAACAAACGACUUCCUGUGUUGCACUAAGAGAUGCAACUAUUAAAAUUAUGGAUUGGUUUCAAAAGUUUGCCAACGAUUCUAGAAGUACGAGAGCUCUCUCUGAGAUUCUUACGUGGGUUUGCUCACUCUGCGCCGAGCUUUCGGUUCAUAAUUCCGGACGUCCAAGUGUUAUGAAAACAACAAAUGGGCCAGACAUUGUUCUAAAAUCAUUCCAAUCAUGCGAAUCUAUUGCAAAAUUAAUGUCGCUGCUCGACGUCAUCAUUCAUUCAAUGUUAGAAAUAGAUCCUGACACCUGCAUGAAAGUUCUUUUCGAUGCAAGUCGGCAUGGGCCUCAUUUCAAUUGGGUUUGGCUUCAUAUUGCGAUGACGUUUCCUGGCACGAUUGUAAAACAUUUGCUACGUAAUGGAGCGCAGCAAUUCAGAAUUUACGCCGAAGACACCGCUAGUCGUAAGGCAGCCAAGGCACCACCUAAUGUUUUAAAUGUUCUUCAUAUGGAGUAUCAGGCAAAAUUCCUCGCAAUAUCCGAUGUAUUCAAUUUUUUGAUGAGAAAACGAAAUCCGGAACUCCAAGAAGUCGUUACUGCAAUGAUAACGAAAAGCCUCGAUUCGAAAUUUAAUGAGAAAACCGGUCUCUACGACGAUUUGAGUUUUGCAUUUUUCUUUAAACUCGUCACAUUUUCCAUGGAAACCUUACGAAUUUUGAUUACGUCAAAUCAAACGCUGGUUACCCCUUGGAAUGCGAUUCGAGCUUUUCGUCAGAUAGCCACUGUUGAGAAAUCAACGAUUCUUACAACUUUGCAAUACGUCGAUUUUAUGAAAAAGGUGGUUGAAGUCAUCGAUCCCGACACGCACGGAUUGGUUUUUCAAAUGCUCAACACGAUCAUUUAUGAUAAAAGGAUGUUUGCUGGUCGAGCCAACUGUCCAUCUCAACAUCCAGCGGUGAAGGCAUUUGCUCACUCGGACAAACUUCAAUUUAUUAUUGAUGCAAUACCAGAUAAUGUCGAUAGAUCUUCUUCAAUUAUUCGACAUUUGCACGCAAUUGCAAUCUCGUUCGGAGAAAUGAAGGCUAGUGAAAUUACGUUCAGAUUUCUCCUGACUAUUGAUUUCAGCGAACCAAAAUAUAUGUACGUUCUAAUGGCUUAUAUUUCAACGACUGCGCCAUUCUUCCCUACUUUUAUGGAUUACAUGUAUCGAGAAAUGGAUGCAUUGAAAACAUUAGUUGAAUUUGGUUUUCCAGAUGAUUCUGACAAAUGGAAGUUCCAUUUGAAUCUUCUCAACAACCUUCGAGUUCUUUUCGAAUGGGACGCUGCUUCGGAGGACUCAAGCCCCAUUGCGUUUCUCCGAGUGUAUCCUGGCGAAACUAUCGGCGAGCUUUUGAAUACAAUCCUUGCGGAUUCAAUAUUAAUCGCGAAUGAAGGAAUAGAUAAUAAUAAUCCCGAAAAGGCGCUUACCGUGUUCCGAAUGGUCACCAAACUAAUUGAAGCGGUGUGUUCUGUAAACUCGAAUAAGCAUGGACGAAAAUUCUUGACAAACCUGUCAAAUUGGUACAAACUGAUGUCACAACUGUCUAUUCUGCUAAAAAUGAGCCUUUUCCUUAUUAGCCGAGAAGUUCCACAAGGGAUAACAGUUUUCGAAGAAAUGCGAACAUCAUUCCUUAUAUUUCUUUACAACGAUCAUCUUGAUUCGCAGCUAACGAAAUUUGUUCCGAUUUUCACCAAUUUGUUCGUCCUUUCUUGUUUUUCGGAUUCAGAACGGCUAUUUGGAGAAACAAUUGAUGAAAAUAUGGAAUGUCUACUUGAUGAGGUUGGAAAUAAUAAAUUGUUCAAUAUGUUUCAACUCGAGGACGGACCUUCGGUUCUUGAGAAGAUUCGACAAAUUCGAGUGCAGGAUUCCGCAUUGGAUAUGGUUCACAGUGGGCAAUUAAAAAGGAGGAAAGUUCAAGCCGGCUUCAAUAAGAAAAUGACUCCCGAAGAAGAAGAAAACCAACGACAGAGGGUUUUUGUGCUUCUUGACGCUUUGCGCGCGAUGUGCAUGACAGGAUCGUUGGAGAUGAAACUUAAUAACAGCAAACAAGUGGCAAUGGUGUUUGUCGAACUCAUCUGCAAGGAUGCUUUGGUUGGAGAUAUGAAAAUUGAAGAUUGGGAUCUUGAAUCUGAAUUCAUUCAUAGAUUUGUGGAAAUUGAUCGAAAAGUGCAACGGAGUAUACUUUGCGAUGGAAUAAUGAGGGUUUUGAGUGAUACUCGAAGUUUUGCUUAUUGCCUUCCAAUUAUUAAAGCCCAACUAGCAGUAAUUAUCAACGACGCUGAGAAAAAUUCGGACCGAUCACGAUGCUCGGAAAUGGUUCGAGCGCGACUUCAUCGUUGGAUGCUGAUGAGCUGCAAGGCUGGAAUUGUGCCGGCCCAUUUUUCGUAUCUUUGCGAUCUCGAAUAUUUUUGUGAUGCUCAUGAAACAUAUUUAUUAUUAUUAGAAAUAUGGAAGUUUUUAAUGGGUCGAGGUUUAACACAAACAACUAUUGAGCAUUACCAUCGGGAGUUAUUGAAUGGUGACGUCGAUGAGGGAUUACCGAACGAAAAAGAAGGACUAGAUCGCUCGAAUUUCGAUGUUGUUCGACUUAUUCUUCAAAAUCAUCUAGUUGACGCGUACCACUUAUUUCCAAAAUUAUUCCCUAACGAAUAUAAUCAACUAAAACUAAGCCAAAUUGAUUGA